AUGAAAACACGUUCGUCUCUCGAUGUAGCGAAAAAAGCAGCUGCAUAUGCGGCUGGUAAACAGCAUGUGACAAGUGGAUGCACAGUUGGUGUUGGUAGUGGCACAACAGCAAAGUUUUUCGUUGAAUAUCUAGCAGAGCAAGUAGGGAAUGGUAGUUUGAAGGAUAUUGCUUGUGUACCUUCGUCGUUUUCUACACGUAAAUGGCUUAUUGAUGCUGGUCUGCAAGUAACUGAUCUAGAAAAUACACCAGAUCUGGACUUAUGUAUUGAUGGGGCUGAUGAAGUUGAUGCUAAUUUAAAUUGUAUUAAGGGUGGCGGUGGAUGCUUAACUCAAGAAAAAAUUGUGCAAACAAGUGCCAAAAAGUUCUAUAUUAUUGCCGAUGUUAGUAAGCAGUCCAAAAUAUUGGGUGAUAAGAAUUUUCCUAUUCCAAUCGAAGUUAUCCCAUUUGGAUAUGCUUCAGUAAUGAGGUGGAUAAAACUUCAAGAGGGUGGAGAACUGGAACUAAGAACAAAUAGUAAGGAAAAACUGGGUCCUGUUAUUACAGAUAACAAUAAUUUCAUUUUGGAUUGGAACUUUCCAAAAAAUAGAUAUAUUACAACGACGGAUCUGGCAGCUUUGCAUAUGCGUUUGAUUUCAUUACCAGGUGUAGUUGAAACAGGCUUGUUUGUUGGAGUAGCAGAAAAAGCUUACUUUGCUGCCCCAGAUGGCAGUGUCACAGAAGUAAGAUCAGAUCACAUGAAAAUUAGAUUACAAUGA